GGUUAGUUUGAUAUUAGAAUUGGAAAAUACCAGCUGCUGCUUGCUCUUAUCCGUUUUUUGUAUUCUCCUGAUCCAUUUUGGAUCUUGUUUCUUAUUUAUUUACCGCAAUUAAAACGGACAAAAAGAUGCCGGAACUACAAGCGAUAAUCGAUUUUUCCAUACAGAUUAAUAAAUUUAUCAAUAUCGAUCUUUUUCAACGAGGGUAUUUCAUUUUGUUUUUAAAAAAGUUUUUUAUUAAUGAAAAUUUCAUUUGAUUUCAAUCCAGAUUCUAUCAGAUACGUUUAUCAUUAAGAUUACCAAAUUGUAAAUUGAUAAAUAAAAUUGAAUUAAAACAACAACUGAAUCGAACAAAGAACAAUAUUCGUACAACCAAAAGUGAUUCAUCAUUUUCAUCAAAUUUUACUACUACUAAUCAUCAUGAUCAUGAUCAUAAUCAUGAUGAUGGUUGUGGUAAUAAUAAUGUUUCAAAUCAAGAACAACAAGAAUCAAAUCGAAUAUUUUUACCAUCAUGUAUUAUAGAAGGAAUGUCUGUAACGAAAACAUUUCAAAUUAAUUAUAAAAAUGAAGAAAUUCCCCUAAAUGAUUUAAUUCAUUAUCGUAUGAAUAUUUGUUUGGAUAUGAUAAAUUGUUUAGAACAAAUGCAAAAAACUAACAUUGAAUUAAUCAUACAGCUAUGGUAUUCAGAUCAAGAAUUUCUUCUCAAUCAAUUUGAUACAUUUUCUUGUGUAUCAUCCAGACAAUUACGUUUACAUUUUGAUCUAUUGAAUGGUUUACAUUAUUCCUUACCUGUGAUAUUUGAUUAUUUUCAUCUUUCAGCUAUAACAUUAUCGAUACAUGGUUGUUUGAUACAAUUAUGUCAGCCAUAUAUUUCCACAUCGAAAAAUAACCCUGCAACAGCAACAAAUUGGCUAUCAAGUUUUUUGGUGAAACCAUCACCAACGCAAUCGGACAAUGUAAAUGGUAAAAAAAUCAAUGAUACAUUUUUCUUACAAUUAUGGCGUUUACAAUUUGCUCAAUGGAAAUUAAUAUCAAUAAUGUCCAUAUCAUUAAUAAAUCUUAAAAAUGCUUGUGAUGAAUAUUACCGGAUAUUAACACCAUGGACACAGGCUAAAAUUAAUUAUAAAGAAUUGUUUGUAUCAGUUUCAUUGGAUAAUUUUCAUAGUAAAUUAUCCAAAGAUUGUUUUCAACAAAUUCAAAAUCAUCUUCGUAAUGUACAAAAUAAUUUAAAUAUUCAAAUGUUUUUGGAAGAAUUUUUUAUGGAAAAAUUUCCGGCAAAUAAUUUCCAUUCCUAUUUAUUAUCGAAUGAACAAAAACAAUUUGAUGAUGAUUAUAUUGAUCAAAUUGAACAUGAUAUUGCUUAUCUUAGUGGUCUUACCAUUGAACAAUGGCAACGUUUUUUAAUCGUUGUCGAAAAUUCCGAACGAAUCAAUCAAUAUUUAGCUCGAAUACAUCAUUUUCAACGUUUACGACGUUUUUCUGAAGCAUUUUUCCGUAUUAAACAAUCACGAACAAAUCUAAAUGGCUCAAUUUGUGAUCAAAAUUCUAAUUUAUUUCUAGAUUUAAGUGAUAAUUUAAGAAAAUCAUCUUAUUUUAUCAAUCUACCAUCAUGUGAUGUUGAAUGUUUACAAUUGGAUGGUGAUUAUCAAACAUUGCCCAUUAUAUUUGAAGAAAAAUUUGAAUAUCAAAAAACAAUAACGAAUGGUAGUGGUGGCGGUGAUGAUAAAAAAUCACCAUCCAAAUUAUCAUUAUCAUCAUCGACGACGACAACAUCCACCUCCUCUUCAUCAUCAUCCAUAUCACCGAGAUCAAAUUCAAUACGAUUUUCAUUUUUAUCUCGAUUCAAUUCAAAUAAUAAUAAUGAUAAUUGUCAAAAACAAUCAUCAUCAUCCAAUAAUAAUAAAUUACAAAAAAAUUGUCAAUCCGAAUUGAAAACAAUGGAAUUAUUUGAAUUAUAUAAACAAGAAUUAUUCAAUGAAACAUCAAACAACAACAGCAACGAUAAAAUCGAUACAAUGGAACAAAUGAAUAGAAAAAUUAAACUUUUAAAUUCAAUGUUGGCUAGGAAAAAUUCAAUGAUUAAAAAUUAUUCACAAUUAAAAAAAAAUGAUGAACAAAAUGAAGUGAAAAAAAUAUCCAAAAAACAUCAUCAUAAUCAUCGAAAUAAAGAACAAAUUUUCGACAUAUUUCCCAGUGUAAAUUAUCAAAAUUUUCCCGGUACAAUGUAUUUUCCAAAACCACCAAAAGAAUUUGCAAUGGAAGAAAUGAUUGAUGAACCUGAAUCACAUGAAAUUUGUAUGAAACCAAUACCAAAUAUUCGAUUACAAAAACCAAAUAAUGAUAGUGAAAAUCCAAAAAUUUCAAUUCAACAUGCUUUCAGCCAAAAUCCUGUCGACAAUCCACAUCAUUCAAAAAUUAACAAUUCCUUAUCAUUCCAUGAUUUAACCGAUGUUGAUGAUGAUCGAAAACAAAUUACCAUUGAUGACCAACAACAAAAACCAUCAUCAAAUAUUGAUUUGAAAUCAGAAAAUUUAAAUUAUACAAAAUUUACAUUCAUGGAAUUAUUACGUUCAGAUCAUUGUUUGAUAUGUUGUGGAUCGAUUGAUAUGAAACGUUCAUCAACAACAACAACAACAACAGAUUCCUGGCCAUGUAAAUGUAUUCGUACACCAAUGUUUGUAUCGAAAUCCGUUAGAAAUUCACCAAACACCAACAGUAAACAAUUGAAACAAGAAAAACUCGAAGAAGAAAAGGAAAAAGAUCAAAUAAAAAAUAAUGAAUUAUCAACAGCAGCAACAGUACCAACAUUUCGUCGUACAUCAUUAUUUGAUUCAGAAUUUCUAACAUUUUUAAAUGAAAAAGAAACAUUUCGUCAAAGUAUUAUUGUUGGUAGUGGUGGUGAUAAAAUUCCUAAUCUAAUAUUUUAUAGUGAUUUUACAAAAUUUGCAUCAAGAAUUCCAUAUUUUCAAUAUAUUCAUCUGAUUGUUUGUGUACAUGGAUUGGAUGGAAAUAGUGCCGAUCUAAGAUUAGUAAAAACAUAUCUGGAAAUUGGUUUGCCAACAAUAAAUUUUGAAUUUCUUAUGUCGCAAAGAAAUCAAGGCGAAACAUUCGAUAGUUUAGAAACAUUAACUGAACGUUUAAUAAAUGAAAUUGAAAAUUUUGUUUCAACAUUAAAAUCGAUACCAACUAAAAUUAGAUUUCAUACAUUUUUAUCGCUUAGUGGUCCACAUCUUGGUUUGGCAUAUAAUCGUAGUGGAUUAGUUAAUAUGGGUCUAUGGUUUAUACAGAAAUUCAAACGUGCACAAUCACUUAAUCAACUAUCAAUGAAAGAUUCUACCGAUAUUAAACAAACAUUUUUAUAUCGAUUAAGUAUGAAAUCAGGUCUGGAAUUUUUCAACAAUAUUCUAUUAUGUGGUUCAUCACAAGAUUAUUAUGUUCCAAUUCAUUCGGCACAUAUUGAACUAUGUAAUGCAGCUAUUAAUGAUCAAUCAGAUUAUGGUAUGAUAGUGAUAAAAUCAAUCCAUUUAUCAAUUAAAUUUUAUUGUUUAUUUACAGGCAUUGCAUAUCGUGAAAUGACCGAUAAUAUUAUCAAACGUUUAAUGUCAAGGCCAGAAUUAAAUGUUAUACGUUAUGAUGUACAUCAUGCAUUGAAUAAUAAUACAAAUUCAUUAAUUGGUCGUGCAGCACAUAUUGCCGUAUUGGAUUCAGAAUUAUUUAUUGAAAAAUUUAUGAUGGUAACCGGAUUAGGAUAUUUUGUUUGAUCCAAACAAAACAAAACAAAUCGUUUUAUUUGAGAGUGAAAAAAAA